AGAUUGUUGAUCCGUCCCGAUGUUUAAAAGUAACAAGAAGUCAAGCACAUGAUUAUGGGACUUAACGUACGUCUCGGUGCUGGAUUCACCGAUAAAGAAAGAAGAAGAAAAAGUAUAAUAAGAUUAUGUCCUUAUCUAAUAUUCAGCCUAUACAAUUAUUUCCCCUGUUCAAAAUUACGCUAGGCGUUAGUCGGGCGGUGAGUAUGGGCCUAGCGAGUUAAUAAAAAAUUGGGGAUUAAACGGGGAUUAAUCGGGGCCUAGUUUUUAAGCUUUUACGUGUAUAUAUAUGAUAAAUACUAGGUAUGUAAUGAAAGUUCAAUAAGUUUCCUCGGCUCAGGUGGUAAGUGGCCUGUUUUGGAUAUCAAUGAGCCCGAGUUCGAACCGAUUUGUUGCGUAUUUUGUUUAUUUUCUUUAUUUUUUAAAGGAGGGGCAAACUUGUAAUUUCUGCAUUGUCUCCUUUUCUCUGACCUACGUUUUCAGAAGUUCCAACAAUGGCUGCCUCCACUUUGUUCCCCAGAUUUUUCACUCAGUUUCAUCAUUUAUUUAAUCAUUUUAUCUUAAACUUUAUAGAUCUAAGUUGGAUUCAAAAUUUUAUAAGAUUUGUUGCAUCAACCGAGUUGGAUAAACGGCAAAACGCAGUCGUCCGCCUUGGAGCUCCGAUUUGCUUCACCUCGCCACGGCAAAGCUCCGACCACCGCCGACGCGGCCGAUUACUCGGUUAGGCGGCCGCGUUUUCGAACAUGGAUUAUUUCUAUGUUUUACUCCAAAUCGGAAGCAUUCCUCAUCUCAGAAAAUCUCAUUAUGUAUUUUGAUGAAAAGUAAUGAUCACGACUCAUCAUCUUCUUGUAUUUUAAGGCCCAUACUACUUGGCCCAAAAAAGCUCCAGAAAUCUCAGAAAACACAUCCGCUAAUUCACACAUCUCCACACGACACUACACAGACCUAAUGAAGAUUCUAGUUCCCUUAGCUGAUAAUGAUGGGCUUUAGUGUGUGAUACAUGUAAGGUCUUCUGUUAGCUAAACCAAUAUAUACGUGACCACUUUGUCUGUGACCGUCCUUCACGUUACCCGGUCUGCAACUUGACACUUGACAAACAUUAUGUGCAUAUCGUUAUAUGCUAAACCGAUUUAUGUAGUUUUGAACAUUUGUGAGAAAUUUCGAACCGAUGUGUUUCCAAUCCAACUUUUUUUUCUUGUUAAACAAUUCCAGUCAGAGUUAUACGCUAGAAAAAUCAACAAACGUGGAUUUCCCUUCAUGAUUUGAAUGGAAAUUAGCCCCUUAGCCAUAUUUUCUUUUCCAUGCUACAAUACAAAGACUGGACUUAGCUCUACUUUUUCCAAGUCAAGUUGCCUGGGUGACGUUAUGUCACAGACGUAGCUCAAGUAUUUAUACCACCAAACUUCUCUCACACUUUUCUUCAACCUAAACAAUUCUUCUUCAAUACUUUUCAUGACGACCAUGUCUGAAUCCCGUAUGCGUUUGCAUUUUCUCUCGCUAGUCUUGCUCUGUUGUGUCUCCCCUUCAAGCUCCUUCACUUUCAAAUACGAUUAUAGUAGUUUUGUUGCUUGUGGCCCCCAUCAGAGUCAAGCUCUCACUGAGUUCAUGAACGAGUUUGAUAGCAGCCACUGCAACCUCAGUGAUCCCUUCAAUGGAGUCUGGUGCGAUAACUCGACCGGUGCAGUCACAAAGCUACGACUCAGCGACUGUCUCAGUGGAACUCUAAAGCCCAACAGUAGCCUUUUCAGGUUACAUCAUCUUCGUUUCCUUGUCCUCAUUGAUAACAACUUCAUCUCAUCUUCACUUCCUUCUGAAUUUGGCAGUCUCAACAGGUUAGAGGUCUUAAAUCUUUCCAAUAAUAGCUUCGUCAGCCAUGUCCCUUCCUCGUUUAAUAACCUAAGCUUUCUUUUACUUUUUGACCUUUCCCAUAAUGAGCUGACCGGUAGUUUCCCACUUGUACGGAAUCUAACAAAGCUUUCGCUUUUAAAGAUUUCUAAUAAUCACUUGUCAGGAGCUUUAAAUCCCAGCUGUAGCCUCUUUGAAUUGCCUCACCUCCGUUACCUUGAUCUAGAGUACAACAAUUUCAGUUCGUCAUUCUCUUCUGAGUUUGGAAAUCUCAACAGACUAGAGGUCUUGUCUCUUUCCUCCAAUGACUUUUUUGGGCAAGUUCCUCCCACAGUUAGUAACCUGACCUCGUUAACCGAAUUGUACCUUCACCACGACCAGCUCACUGGUAGUUUCCCACGUUUACAAAAUCUAACCAUGCUCUCUGUUCUCCAUCUUAAUGAUAACCAUUUCUCUGGAACCAUUCCUUCUUCUCUAGUCAAUAUGCCUUUCUUAUCAGAUCUCGAUCUGAGAGUAAACGAUUUCACUGGAUCUAUUGGAUUUCCUAACUCGUCUACCCCAUCUAGGCUUGAGUACUUGUACCUUGGGCAGAACCAUUUUGAAGGAAAAAUCAUUGAGCCUAUCUCAAAGCUCACCAACCUCAAGAUUCUUGAGCUUGCAUUCCUUAACACAAGUUACCCAAUUGAUAUAAGCUUCUCUUCCUCGCUAAAAUCUUUGAUGCACCUGGAUCUUUCCGGUAAUAGCAUAUCAUCGGACAGUUUAGGUUCAAAGUCAGUCAUCCCAACAAACUUGGAGAUUUUGUUGCUACCAGGCUGCGGCAUCAUCGAGUUACCAAAUAUCUUAAAGAAACUUGAGAAGUUGGAGUUUAUAGAUUUCUCCGACAAUAGAAUCAAAGGGAAAAUCCCGGAGUGGUUAUGGAACCUUCCUCGUCUUACCUCUGUGUUUGUUCCAAAUAAUUCCAUUACUGGUUUCAAAGGUCCAAUGGACGUUUUGGUAAAUUCAUCGUUGAAGAAUUUAGAUAUCGAGAAAAACUGCUUUGAAGGAGCAAUUCCUAUUCUGCCACUCUCUAUCAACUUCUUCGAAGCAUCAUACAACAGAUUCACAGGGAGCAUACCUCUUUCAAUUUGCAAUUAUAGGUCUCUGACGCUUUUGAAGCUAUCUAACAACAACCUCACUGGUCCAAUUCCUCAAUGCUUGAGUAACUUGACUGCUGUGAGUCUUCGGAAGAACAACUUGGAAGGAAAUAUUCCUGAAGCCUUUUAUACCGGUGCUUCUCUACAGACACUUGACGUUGGACACAAUCUACUCACCGGGAAACUUCCAAGAUCUCUUCUAAAUUGCUCAUCUCUGGAGCUUCUAGUUGUUGACCACAACAGAAUCAAAGACACAUUUCCUUUCUGGCUCAAGGCUUUACCGAAUUUGCAAGUCCUUAUCCUUAGUUCAAACAAGUUCUAUGGCUCUAUAUCUCCUCCUGGUCGAGGUCCUCUCGGUUUUCCAGAGCUUCGCAUAUUUGAGAUAUCUGAUAAUAAGUUCACUGGAAGCUUGCCAACAAGUUACUUUGUCAACUGGAAAGCAACGUCCCUUACUAUGAAUGAAGAUGGUGGUCUAUAUAUGGAAUACAUAAAAUUUACUUCCAGUAGACUGUACUAUAACAGUUUAGAGGUUAUAGAUUUGCAAUACAAAGGUCUACGAAUGGAGCAAGAGAGGGUGCUUACCUCAUACGCAGCUAUUGAUAUUUCUGGGAAUAGAAUUGAAGGACAGAUUCCUGAAUCCAUUGGUCUCUUGAAAGCUUUGAUUGCAUUCAACUUCUCAAACAACUUCUUCACAGGUCAUAUUCCUCUGUCUCUAGCCAAUCUUAAGAAGCUCGAGUCACUAGACCUAUCAAGAAACCAACUCUCAGGGACCAUUCCUAGUGGACUUGGGACCCUCUCCUUCCUGGCGUACAUAAAUGUGUCUCACAACCAUCUCAAGGGUGAAAUACCACAAGGAACACAGAUUACUGGUCAACCUAAAUCUUCCUUUGAGGGGAACGCAGGCCUUUGUGGUCUUCCUCUCCAAGAAACUUGCUUUGGGACUAUUGCGCCACCAACACGACAACCUUCAGAAGAAGAUGAAGAAGUGUUGAACUGGAAAGGCGUGGCAAUAGGGUAUGGAGUUGGAGUGUUGUUUGGAUUAGCAAUAAUGCAAGUCAUUGCUUCAUACAAACCAGAGUGGCUCGUCAAGAUAAUUGGUCCGAACAAGCGCAGAAAUUGAUAGGAUCGUUUUCAGUUUGAGUAUGAUCCUUCAAUGUAUGUCAAGUGUUUUUAUGUGAUUCCUCUUGUAUGGAAGCAUCUAUUUAUGUUUGUUGUAUGAUUAUCUGAUGCUUUGUUUCUAUAAAGUAAGAAUGGUGAAUGUUUUGUAGUCAA